GGAGCAGUGGAGUCCAUCGCCAUGAAGAACCCCAAGGAGCACAGGGCCCUGUUUGAGGAGAUCCCCAGGGAUUCAGGGAUCCAUCCCCAGGGAUUCAGGGAUCUCUCACAGGAAUUAGGGGAUUUAGGACCAUUUCUCAGGGAUUUAGGACCAUUUCUGACUCUGAUUUUUCAGGGAGCAGUGGAGUCCAUUGCCAUGAAGAACCCCAAGGAGCGCACAGCCCUGUUUGAGGAGAUCAGCCGCUCGGGCGAGCUCGCCCCCGAGUACGACAAGCGCAAGAAGGAGAUGGUGAAGGCCGAGGAGGACACACAGUUCAAUUACCACCGCAAGAAAAACAUCGCGGCCGAGCGCAAGGAGGCCAAGCAGGAGAAGGAGGAGGCUGACCGGUACCAGCGGCUCAAGGACGAGGUGGUUCGGGCGCAGGUGCAGCUCCAGCUCUUCAAGCUGUUCCACAACGAGGCCGAGAUCGAGAAGCUCAACAAGGAGCUGGGGCUGAAGAACCGCGAGAUCGACAAGGACAAGAAGAGGAUGGACAGGGUGGAGGACGAGCUCAAGGACCGCAAGAAGGAGCUGGGCAAGAUGAUGAGGGAGCAGUUCCAUGGGCUGGGACACCUUCNCGAGCUCAAGGACCGCAAGAAGGAGCUGGGCAAGAUGAUGAGGGAGCAGCAGCAGAUCGAGAAGGAGAUCAAGUGGGGUUUGGGGCUUUGGGAGAGACCUGACCCUGGAGGAGAACCAGGUACACGUAGGGUGGAGGAGAACCAGAGCCAGGGGAGGGACCUGACCCUGGAGGAGAACCAGGUGAAGAAGUACCACCGCCUGAAGGAGGAGGCCAGCAAGCGCGCGGCCACGCUGGCCCAGGAGCUCGAGAAGUUCAACCGUGACCAGAAAGCCGACCAGGACCGGCUGGACCUGGAGGAGAGGAAGAAGGUGGAGACCGAGGCCAAGAUCAAGCAGAAGCUGAGGGAGAUCGAGGAGAACCAGAAGCGCAUCGAGAAGCUCGAGGAGUACAUCGCCACCAGCAAGUGCGGCGCUGUCACCAGGGUGUCCCCAAGGGGGUUGGAUUGUCCCCAAAAUGUCACCAAGGGGGUUGCAGUGUCCCCAUG